AAUUACAUAUCGAGGUUAGCACCAUUAGGCAUGAAAUUCUUCGUAUUAUUUUUUACCAUUCUAUCGACUUGUGCGAUUUUCACAGAAGCGUAUUCAAGAAAUAAAAGAGAUGUAGAUAAAAAAAUUAAAAGACAAACCAGUGCAGACCAAAUGGUUCAAAAUAUACUCCAGUGGCUGCAGGGUCUAUACGCAGAAAACACUAGAACCGUACGUCAGGGAACGCUUAGGGAAUACCUACCGCCCGCCAGGACAGAGAAACCACGCCCUUUUCAACCUGGAUACCCAGAAGCAGGCAUAACUCCGCAACCACCGUUUAACUUUUUCACAAAUCCUGCGACGGGCGGAAUAACUGCACCGGACAACGAAAUACUACCUCCAGAAACUCCCAGAGAACCACAGCCCUCAGUACCUACAGGACCUUUUGCAACAUUUCCACCAAUACAGAGUACUCCUGUGGGGCCGGGCGAGUUUCCUUCAGAGACACCAAUCAAUGGAAUACCUCAUUUUCCCACACACCCUUCGAUACAUCCCGAUAGGACAACUGUAGUACCAGGUACAGAUCUAGUGACGAGCGAACCUGGGGCACCGUCCGUAGUAACUGGAGCUCCAGAAGGUGAACCUCCGUUGGAGACUAGCCAACCGGGAGGAGUACCACCAAGCGUGCCAUCAAUUCCUCAACCCACUAUUGGUGGAGGAGAUCAAGGAGAAGUACUCACGCAUCCCACAGACGGUAUUCCGGCCCAACCUGAAGUUACAAAGCCACCUGUGGAAAUAAGUACUGGAUACGGUGUUCCAAGUCAGCCUCCUCGACCCGGCUUCCCUACUACUAGACCAGAAAGCCCUACAAGACAACCAGAUGUGUCUACCGUAUCACCAGUUACUACUACAAGACCCGACGGUACUCCAGCUCCAGAAAUACCUGGCGAACUUCCAAUAGGCUCCACUUUUCUACCAGGCAGAGCUACUCCAGAAGCGCCAAGUGUAACUACUGAAUCGAGCUUAGGCGUAACCCCACAACAACCCGGAAUACCUACCACAAUAGGAGUUAUACCGUCUGGCGACACUCUUCCCACAAACGCAGUGCCUCAAGGAACCAGAGGACCACCAUCAGAAACGGAAUCUCCCGCAGAACCACCAGGGUCGGCACCUACAAAAGGCGCCGAAGGCGAAACUACCUUAUCUCCCGAAAGCAACACCAUUCCAACUGGAAAAACCGUGGAGACUUUCGGGCCGGAUGACGACGAGGAGCUUAAACAUCCCCCUCACAUCCACGCGAUAGACGUGCAGUGCGGCAAAGAAAUGAUGACGAUCAAUAUAGAAUUCAGUAGAGAAUUUAACGGAAUCAUAUACUCCAAAGGCUACUAUAAUAUGCCCGAGUGUAGAUACGUGCAAGAAAACUCGGGCCAAACAAAAUACACGUUCACCGUAAACUUGAACAUGUGCGGAACAGAAUUCGUCAAUGCAUUCGACACCGAAGGCAAAUCUUAUUUGGAAAACAUUUUGGUACUACAGAACGAGGCCGGAAUUCAAGAGGUGUGGGACACCAUCAGAUCCGUCAGAUGUUUGUGGGAAGGCAAUCUGCAGGAUACAUUAAGCGUUGCUUUCAGCAUAGGCAUGCUUAGCCAGGAGAUUGUUACGUUCAGUGGUGACACGGCGAUGGCAAAACUGGACGUUUUGAUGGGCAGGGGACCGUUCGGUCAACCGGCGAAUGGGUUAGUAAAAAUCGGGGAACACAUGACCUUAAUAGUGUCCGUUACCGGUGAUCCCGGCUUCGAUCUUCAAGUUAAAGAUUGUAAAGCUAUAGAUUCGACAAGCGCGAACUCUGUACAACUAACGGACGAGAGCGGAUGCGUGCUGAAACCGAAACUGUUUGGUGCUUUCCAGAAAACUAGAGAUACCGGUAAUUCGGGUGCUUCGAUUAUAGCGUACUCGUACUUUAACGCGUUUAAAUUCCCGGACGUGAUGGACUUGAUGAUCGAGUGCAACAUUGAACUGUGCAAAACGGAUUGCGACAUGUGCUCGAAGGAUAAUCAACCGUUGGAACCGACGCUGAGACGAAAACGAGAAGUUUCUGGCAACGAUACGUUAGCGGACGGAGUAACUAUGGGAAAACAUCUGAGAGUGGUGCUACCGGAAGACUUAAACGAGGGUAUCCCUUUGAAACUGCAAGUUACAGACGACGUAUGCAUGUCUCUUCGAAGUUUUAUGUUCUCUGCGGGAGUGCUGAUAUCACUCUUAACCGUUACCAGCGUUACGACCACGUGCCUGUGGGUGAGAAAGGGUAACCCAAAAUACUUAAACUAGCAUUUUUUUAGUAGUGUUACGUAUUUGCAAAAAAUGUCCUGCCAAUAAUUUUAAAUGCUAACGUGUAAAUUAUUUAUGCAAAAUACUGUUACUUUUAAGU